AUGGCUUUUUUAAUUGAAAAUGGUGAAAAUCGGUCUGUGACCAAGGAUCUUAUGCAGUAUAUUAAUCUACCUUUUAUUGAUCGGUUGAUGAGAUUUCCUCUUCCUGAUAAGUUUAAGGUUCCUCGAGUUGAUAAAUAUGAUGGAAGUGGAGAUCCUUCCGAUCAUAUGGAGAGUUUCCGAGCUCAUAUCAUUCUUCAUGACACUCCUGACGAAAUUGCUUGCCAAGCUUUUCCUUUGACUCUGAAAGGGAUUGCUAAAGAAUGGUUUGGAGGCUCAAGUCCUAAGUCUGUUGAUAAUUUUCAUUCUCUCGGACGACAAUUUCUGGGUCAAUUCCUUGCAAUCCGGAAAAGGAAGAAAAGUCCAGCAUACUUAUUAUCUCUCACACUAGGAAAAACCGAAUCUUUAAAAGAUUAUAUGUUGCGGUUUAAUUGGGAGAAGUUCACAGUGGAAAGUCCAAAUGAGCAGAUAGUUCUUUCAGCUUUGAUGCAUGGAAUAAAAACUGAUGGGCCAUUGAUGGCUGAAUUAGCUUGGAAACCGACUUUGGGAACUCUUCGGCAAUUUAUGAAUAAAGCUGAAGAAUUUAUCAAUCAAGAAGAAACUAUUUCAGCUUUGAUGAAGUCCAAAACCGAAGGGGGUAAGCCUAUUUCUGACUCUUCUAAAGCAACACCGAGGACUUCUAUUGACAAGAAGAAGAAAGAUUAG